AUGGUGCCGCCGAUGGGACGGCCCGAGGCUCCGCGAGUACCGUCUGAGAGCGCUCAGGAGCGCGAGCUUGAAUUGACGGCGGAAGGCUUCGAGACGGGCGUCGACUACGCCAGCCCAGUCAACUUUGGCAUCUCCGAUAUACGUCGUGCUUUCCCAGACUGGGCUGGUGCUGCGCGGGGCCUGCGCGUUGGACUCGAGGCAGGCUGGCCGCGUGGACUGCGGCGCAGAGGUCUUCGUGAUCAGGCGGCAAUUCGAGCCCAGCCGCACGCGAGGGAACCGCCUGAUGUCGGGAGCAUCUCCUCGCCGUGCGCCGGGUGGGCGAGCGAACUACCAGCGUUCCUCGCCCUGGCGCCCGGCCAGGCCGCCCCCGCGCUCUGCGGUGCCGCGACACACGCGGAGCUGCUGCGGAGGGAGGCGGCCGCCUUCAACGAGAGGGGGGAAGACCUGCGGUGCCUCUUGGACCGAGACUGCCAGGACGUCGUGGCCCUCCGGAGCGGCCUCGAAGUCGCACGUCUGAGGAGCGAGCUGGAGGCCGUGGAGCGAGAGCACGCCUUCCUCGACAAGACCGCAGUCCUCUCGGCCACCCAGGAGGCGGCCAGCACCCGCGGCUGGGGCUCCAUCCCGCUGCGCUCCAUCGGGGGUGCCAUGGGGGACGCCGGCAGCACCAACACGGGCGUCCAGACGGGCGGAGAGUACGCCGACACGCCGUUGAUGGAGAAGUUCUGCCCCUACAUCCGGCAGAUCGUGCGGGAAUCGGCGCGCGUCGAGUGCUCCGCGUCCGCCUCAUGCGUCUCAGGCCGGGGGGCGUCAUCGCACCGCACAGGGACUACUUCCAGGAUCCCAGCGUGGUGCGGCUCCACGUUCCGAUCGCGACGAGCAGGGAGGUGGAGUUCAAGAUCCGCGGCAGGCCCUACUGCUUGGAGGAGGGGACACUGUACUUCACGAACGUCCGUCAGGUGCACGAGGGGGAGAAUCGCUCGAAGCUGGAUCGAAUCCACCUGGUAG